GUUUGAAAUGUGUUUCUUCUUUGUUGUGAGCCUAUGAAAAGCUGAGGUCUUUGAGAUUAAUACUUCCUGUUCUUCCUCUGUCAGACCAAUCAGAGGCCGUCAUGCUCUCCAUGCAGCGGAGCCGCCGCCUCCUUUUCGUCCUCAGUCCGGACUUCCUGGCAGAAAAGAGCUUCAGCCUGCUGGAGUGUCGUCUGGGUCUGUACCUCCAACACGGCCUCCAGGCCUCCAUCGUCACCGUGGUGUUCCGCUCCGUCAGCAAGCUGCCCUGUGUGGAGGUGGCUCAGCUCCGGCACGCCGCCAACACCUCGGUCACAUGGAGAGGGAGUCAGUCUGAAGCGCCGCGCUCACGCUUCUGGCUGAAGCUGAGGCUGGCGUUGCCCGUGCGGCCGCUCGCUCUGGGCCGGAGGAUGAUUGACAGCACGUCGUCUCACUCCGACCUCGCUGCUCUGGCGCUCCAGAGAGUCCACAGGAUCCACAACCAGAACCAGAACCAGGAAGGCAGUGCCAAUCAGAGCCGCAGAAACAGGCGACUGUCAGCCAAUCAGAGCCGGAGAUACAGGCAGGCCCCACCCACUAGGAGGGGAGGGAUGAAGAGGUGGAACACAUGCAGGGAGGACGGGUCACAGCACAGCGGGAGGUGCUCAGGGUGCAAUGGGAUCGUUGAUCAGGUGGAGGACAGGGGGGCGGAGCUAACUGUGGAAACUGAAAUGCUGCAGGUGUCACAUGACAGGACUGACAUCCAGUCAGAUCCUGUUCCUGAAACAAACCCCACCCCACAUCCUGACCCCGCCCAGGAACCUUCCCCAACACCUGACCCGACACCUGACCCUGACCUGGCUUCAGGCUCCGCCCCCUCACUCUGCCAACAUAACGAUGACAUCAUAAAACACAAGCAACAACAGCAGCUGCAGGUGAUUGGUUCGGUUGAGGAACUAUGAUGUCAUCAGGAUCAGGGGCGGGACUCUUGUUACAUUCAAGCAGCAACAUAGCUCCGCCUUUAUAUUUGCCCCGCCCCUUUAACACUGACGCUCUGAUGGACACAUUUAACACAGACUUUGAGGAAUGCUGCAUUCAAGGUACAAGAAGAAAAUCGUAAAACUAAGUCUUGAAAUAAUCAAACUAUUCACUGACGUCUUCCAACAGUGAUUCAGUGAUUUUUGGUCUCUUUUUUUAAAGAUGAAUUCUUCCAGAACAAUCGUCCUCCUGAUGGUUCUUCUUCUCUCAGACUCUUAACCGACCUGCACCUUAACAACAUGAAGUUUGUCCUGAAGGGGCUGCCGUAAUAUUUACCCGAGGUGUCCAUGGAGCUCACAUGCUGUAGAUGUGUUAGUGAGGUGUUCACCUGUGGACACAAAGUGAACAACUGAGAGGAGGGAAAUCAAAUCAAUAAUAAUAAAUGCCUUAUUUUAUAUUCCUGCCUCUUCAACAGAGUGACGACCAUGACUGUUCAAACGGAUCUCUGAUGUGUCUGCUUUGUUUUCUGAUGCUAAAUGUUUCAGAUAAGGACUCACAUUCAUCUUUUUAUCUUCAUAUUUUACACUCAUGACGUAGAGCUCUCCUUCAGGAAGACCUCAUUCUAAACCCAAGAUGGUCGCCGUUGAAGACGUUUUCAACAUGGGGAGCAAACUAUAUUUACUUCAUGUUAAGAUACUUUUUAUUAAUUGAAGUAUUGCACAUUCACUUUUUACUCGUCUCCAGGUGAAUCUGUUUUUGAUCCCAGUGAACGUAAAGAGACUUACCUGAGCC